UAUGCCUCCACAUCGCCCCCUCCCCCCACCCUCCCCGUCCUUCGUCUUCGUCUUCCCCGAUUCCUCCACAGGCUCUUCUCCUCGAUUUCGCUCGCAGUCCCGAUCACGAACCCUAGGCGGCACCCCCGCACCGCUCCAGGAAGUAAAGGCUUCAGGAGCUCUUGAUUCUGGGAUGGCUUCGAAGCGGAUUAACAAGGAGUUGAAGGACCUGCAGAAGGACCCUCCUGUUUCUUGCAGUGCUGGUCCUGUUGCUGAUGACAUGUUCCAUUGGCAAGCAACAAUUAUGGGUCCUACAGACAGCCCAUUUGCUGGGGGUGUGUUCCUUGUCUCCAUUCAUUUCCCACCCGAUUAUCCAUUCAAGCCACCCAAGGUUUCCUUUAGGACAAAAGUUUUCCACCCCAAUAUUAACAGCAAUGGUAGCAUUUGUCUCGAUAUUCUCAAGGAGCAAUGGAGCCCUGCCCUUACAAUAUCGAAGGUUCUUCUUUCAAUAUGCUCUCUCCUGACUGAUCCGAACCCUGAUGAUCCUCUGGUUCCAGAGAUCGCACACAUGUACAAGACGGACAGGGCAAAGUACGAGACCACUGCUCGAUCCUGGACUCAAAAGUACGCGAUGGGAUAGGGCUCUCUUUGGUUAUGAGAUACAUCAGCUCGCCGGCCGUUAGUAAUUUUAUUGAAUAAAUAGAAACCAGUGGGUCUGCUGUGGAGAAACUUUUUAGUUUGGUUGGUUGUUAUUGUCUCUUUGGGGGUUAGAAGAAGGGUAUAUGUGGAUUCCUUGGAACUGAGGUGCAAUUGAGUCGGGUCUUUAAAUAGUUUUUAGUCGGGGUGUUUAUGUUCUUGCUUUAAUUGUCUUGCUGAUGGAUUUGAAUGGUUACGAUCCAUCGAGUCUGCAAAAUACAAUUAAUGAGUUAAUACAAGUUCCUACUAAAAUAGUGGUUUGAGUAGUGAA